AUGGUCCGUCUCAGCGCCUUCUUCUUCCCUGCGACGGUGGCCCUCCUCGCCGGUGCCGUUGACGCGCAUGAUCACGGCCACGGCAAUGGUCACCACCACCAGACGUCCACAGUGGUGGCCUCACCGACCACAAACCCCAACCCGCCUGGUCCAUUUGUGGUUCCUCCACCGCCGCCUCCCGACAAGAUCUUCUCGUACCCACAGCCCGCUCUGCCCGAGCAGACGGCCGCGCGUGACCAGUCUACCUGGAAGCUGAACAGGAGCAAGCACCGUGGUCACAAGACUCGUCGUUACAACUUCAACCUCUCAUAUACCGCCGGCGCGCCUUCUGGGUUCCACCGCCGCCUGACGACCGCCAACGCCCAGUUCCCCGGUCCGCUCAUCGAGGCAAGCGUUGGCGACACGAUCGAGGUCAAGGUUACGAAUGACCUCGAUGAGCCCCAGGCCCUGCACUGGCAUGGUAUCCGCAUGGAGGGCACGCCCUUCAACGAUGGUCCGCCCGGUAUCAACCAGUGUCCUAUUCCUCCCGGAGGCAGCUACACGUACCGCUUCAAGGUGUCGCACUACGGGACCUACUGGUGGCACUCGCACUACGGCGCGACGAUGGCUGAUGGCCUCUACGGCGCGAUCGUAGUUCACUCGCCCAAAGAUCCUAUCCGCUCCGACGCUGAGGAGGUGUUGUUUGUCUCGGACUGGUACAACGACCAGAGCAACACGAUUGUGGCGGGUCUCCGUAACACGUCGGUCGGAUACCGUGGUAUGCCUAUCCCUGGCAUUCCCGACGCGGUGCUCAUCAACGGCCUCGGACAGACCAACUGCUCUCACGUCCAGCCCGGCGUGGAGUGCACCCAGAACGAAGUGCAUGUCGUCGAGGCCAAGCCUGGCAGCAAGCUGCGCCUCCGUGUCAUCAACCCCGGUAUGGAGGCCAUGAUCCGCUUCUCGGUCGACGGACACGUGCUCAAGGUCGUCGAGGCGGACGACACGCCCAUCGAGCCACUCUACAUGCACGAGCUGGACAUUGCCUCAGGCCAGCGCUACUCCGUCAUUCUCGACCUGGACCAACCCGACGCCGCGUACUGGAUGCGCGCCCGUAUCGCUGCCGGGUGCGUGCUCCUUGGCCGCGAGCUCGAGACCAAGGCGAUCCUCCGGUACAAGGGGCGCGAGGGCGAGCCGACGUCGCAGCCCUGGCCCGACCGCGCGGAGAGCAAUGCGCCCUGCGUCGACAUCGACAACAAGUACACUGUCGUGCCCCUCCAUCGCGAGAAGCUUCCCAAGCCCGUCACCCAGGGGCGCAUGGACAGCGCGGCCGGCGAGUUUGUUGACGUUGCGACUGGCGCCAAGUUUAUUGGGUUCGGGUUCAACAACGUGACGUACCUCAACUACAUCCAGGACCCGGUGUACCAGCAGGUGCAGGAGGGCAGGCCUCUCAACACGACGCACUUCGCGCACCUCUCCUUCUCCGGAAAGGGAAGCGCGGACCUGCUCCUGAACCAGCUCGACCCCGGAAUCGCGCACCCGUUCCACCUGCACGGCCGUCCGUUCUCGAUCAUCGCCCGCGGGUCGGGCAAGAUGACGCUCGAUGGGCUCAAGGACGUCAAGCUGAACACGGUCAACCCGCUGAGGAGGGACACCCUCCAUCUUCCCGUCAGUAGCUGGGCGCUGCUGCGUAUCCCCCUCGACGACCCCGGGGUGUGGGCGAUCCACUGCCACCUCGGUUGGCAUCUCGCCAACGGGAAGCUGGCCGUUAUUGUCGUCCAGCCCGAGAAGCUGAAGCACCUCCGCCAGCCGCGCGAGUGGUACGGCCUCUGCACGAAUAAUAAGAACGAGAUCGGGCCUGCGAAGCGCGAUUCCGACACAUCCGAUGAGGCCGGGCCGGCCGGCGAGGCCGGUGAGGUCGACGACUUCGCUCCGCGCCAGGUGCGCAGGUACGGAGAGACUCGCACUGUGUGA